UUGCGGUGCAGGGGGAGGCGGUGCAUGCCGGGAAGUGCGGAGAAUAAAGCGUCAGGCCCGCAUCUGUGUGAGAGGGACACGCCCUGCCAGGGCACAGCUGCCGGAGGAUCAGCUCUGAAAUCCCCGGGUUCUGUAUCCGCCAUCAUGGACAUGGUCAGGCGCAAACUUAUGGAUUCCUUGCUGGGACUUCUGCUCCCUCUUCUUCUCCUCUCCAGACUUGGCGUCGCCAAACAGGAGCCGUGCUGGACCUGCCGGAGCCUGGUCAACAACUUUGUUGAGGGCAUAGAGAAGACGGCCGGGCAAAAUUUUGGAGGAGGCAACACGGCCUGGGAGGAGGAGAAGCUGGCAAAGUAUGAGAGCAGCGAAACGCGUCUUCUGGAGGUGCUGGAAACCGCCUGUGACAAGUCCGACUUUGAAUGUAAUAAGAUGCUGGAGCAGAAUGAGGAGCACCUGGAGACCUGGUGGUUUAAGAGACCCAGAGAUCCCAGCGACCUCUUUGACUGGCUGUGUAUGGACAUGGCGAAGCUCUGCUGCCCGGAGGACACCUGGGGGCCGGACUGCGCCCCCUGCCCCCACGGCGCUGACAAGCCCUGCAGCGGGAAUGGGAAAUGCAACGGAGAGGGCACCCGAGGCGGCACAGGGACGUGCGACUGCUAUCCCAGCUAUGGUGGCCCCCUGUGCAUGGACUGCGCAGUUGGUUAUUACGAGGAAGCCAAAAAUGAGAGCCACCUGGUAUGUUCUGAGUGUCACCGCUCCUGCAGCAAGUGCCUGGGACCCGAGGACGAUCAGUGCGUGCUGUGCAAGAAGGGCUGGCUGCUGCACGACCUGAAAUGUAUCGACAUUGAUGAAUGUGGCACGGUAGAUCGCUGCAAAUCGAACCAGUACUGUUUAAAUACGGAUGGAUCCUAUGAAUGCCGAGAGUGUGAUAAAUCCUGCAUUGGUUGUAUGGGCUCAGGAUCGGCACGGUGUAAGAAAUGUAAUGCUGGCUACUACCGGGACGGAGCCAAGUGCCUGGAUGUGGACGAGUGCGACAACGAGAUUCCCAAAUGUAAAGGAUUACGGGAGGAGUGCGUGAACACGGAGGGAAGUUUCACCUGCAUCUGUGAGAAGGGCUAUAUCAGGGUCGAUGGAUCGUGUAGAGCCGACCACAAAGAUGACUCUGACAAGGGCUUGUUCGAUGACAUCACAGACGACGAGGUGGUGGUCCUGCAGCAGAUGUUCUUCGGGGUGAUCAUCUGCGCUCUGGCUACACUAGCGGCCAAAGGCGAUAUGGUCUUUACCGCCAUCUUCAUUGGAGCCGUGGCGGCCAUGGCUGGAUACUGGUUGUCGGAGAAGAGCGACAGGGUGCUCGAAGGCUUUCUGAAAGGGAGAUAGCUUCCCAUUUGCGUGGACGGGUCCCGAAAGUCUAUGGAGCUCCUCUCUGCUUCACCUGUGGGGCCCCAAAGACCUCACCGUACGGUCCUGCUGUGUAGCAGAGAUGGACCAGUAGUGGCUUGGUAGCCCAGGAACAUUUUAGAAGAACCAAAUGCCCUAAGGGAUGUUCUCUCCCACUUAAUAUUGUAGAAGACACAUAAGCACAGACAGCAUCUUCUAGAAACCACUCGAACUCUUAUCUCUAAGUAUAUGGAAUCCUUCUGCUGUGAAGAUCCGGGACUCUUUAUUAAAGGGGAAGCCUGAAGGACUCCUGGAAUUUUAGACAUUUUUACUUAUCUGAUAUCUCCACCAUGGAGGAUGGACCUGUUGAGGAUCUCUUCUAUCUGCUCGCUUAUACGUAUCCCUCAGCUUGACCUGUAAGUGCAGGCGUCUUAUAAUUUGUCCGUUGCACCUUUUGGCCAGGCUGUAAUAAGGGACGGAUGAUGGGGUUCAGAGGUGGCACCCGGAGAUUUGGGGGGGGGGCUUCUCACCAGUGUAUGGAUCCUACUGGAAAAGCAAAGACUCAAGAGCUGAGAAGACGUUCCUGAAGACUUUCCAGUGCCACGUUAUGAAAGUGAAGGUCAGAACAUGUGACAUUGGGGUCUAAUGGUUAUAAGAUGACGGAGCCGCUCCCUUAAUAUUGACUGCGCUGUGCCGACUGUAUGGUGGCGAUUUUAUUUUAUUUUUUUCCCCUAUCAAACCAGAUAUGUCUUGUAGGGUUGAUACUGCUGAGAUCAACAAUACCUGUCUUGCGAAUCUCCUUUUGGGUUGGUCCUGAGAAAAUGAACUUUCUUACAAAUAUGUUAAUUAAGUCCCCAGAGCACUGCGGGGCGGCCCCCACUGACCGCCUCUUCCCCCAUCGCCUGGCCCUGUAUUUUUGCUCCUGCUCAUAGUCUACAGUAUUGACAUGUGAUGCUGGGGAAACAAAUGCACUGCGCAAGCGCUGAUGGUGUAGACUAUGGCGCAGACAUAAGAUUGCAGGGGCAGGAGAGAUGCCUAACCAAGAAGGAGAGGCUGUUGGGGGGGGGGGGGGGGGUGUAGGAGCGCGGGCCUCCCCUCAGUGCUCUGCAGGCCUAACUAACAUAUUAGUCAAAUAUAUAUUUUUCUCAGACGGUGCAACGGAGGUUCACUGAGAUCAUUUCAUUCGGCAGGAUAAACCCUGCCAGACACUAAGCCUGGUUUCAUGGGGUUGAUGUCCUCUCUCUCAGAGUAUUCGCACCUUUUUGGGAGUGGCCAUAGUCUACCUUUUUGAAGGGCAUGAAUACUUCUGCAACCAAACUAAACCUAAAAGAAAAAAAAAUGAGGCUGAUUUGUGCAAAGACUUUAUUAAAAUUCUCCUGUUUUGUGUACACGGCUCCUGUGCAGAUCUAUAUGUAACCAUGGUAACGGCAAUAAAGCCGACCUUUAGGCCGGAUUGCUGAUGAUGAGUUGUGGUUAAAAAAAAAAUUAUAUUAUAUAAUGUAAUUUUUAUAUUUUUUGCAUUCGGCAUCCUGCAGUUAGUAGAAGAGAGUGACUUGUGAUGGCAAUAUCAGACUACGCAGGGUUAGCUUGUAGUCUGUAACCAUGGAGACACAUGGGUCUGCUUAAGAGCUGGAGGCAGAAAAUAGUGGAAUGCAGAGUUGUUUUUUUUUUUUUGUAAAACAGUAACAAAGUAGCACUAUUCCACAUCCUGGAUAUAUCGGCAUCCUAAAAUGCUUCUACUGUAUUGUAUUCCAGUUCCUCCCCACCCCAGCGCACACCAACAACAGGUAG